AUGUCCUCCCUAGGUCUUCCAGGUCCCUUCAACAGGCCCCCAGGAGACGCUGGCCUCCAUCGGAGCUGGAACGCCUUUCUCGACAAGCACAACCUUCGGAGCGUCUGGCAGACAACCCGUGCCGAUAUCAACGACCUCUGCAACACGGCGCUCUUAGCCCUGCAAGUCUCACGGAGCCAGCAGAUUGCCCUCGAGGACUCUAUCCUCGACCUCUGGGAUCAUAUGGGCCUCACGGUGGACUGCCUCAACCCAGACGCGAACUUAUUAUGGAGAGCCGAUGAAAAGCUCGUCAGACCCGUGGCGCUGCGACUUCAGGAGCAGCGACAACGCCUCCAGGUACAGAUGGACAUGUGCCAGACCGAGGCCCACUGGGACCCGGUGUGGCUCGAGCUAGACAUGAGUACCAGCCCACCGACUGUAUCAUCUAGCGAGAGACCCUCCUCUCCGACCGCCGCACUCUCUGGAGGUGAUACGAGUCUGAAUAAGCCGGAGGCGGGGAAGGGGGAUGGGGAAGAAAGCAAGAUACUCAGGGUCGCCCAGACGCUGGCAUACACGAGGUACUUCCUCGGCCACGCAGCGGGAGACCCGAUCUUCUCCUACGAUGGGCGGAACUUCGCCUAUCGUGGCCGCGUCCCCCACGAUCCCAGGGAGGAUGUCAUGCGCUUGCAGAUACUCCUACCAAAGGUUCUCGCACAGCUCGUGACCCUCAUCGCCUUCUCCCCCUCAUCCUCCUCGUCGACUCUGGACUUUCCAGCAGAGUGCAUGGAACUGCUCAACCGCGUCGACGACCCAUCCGAUGAGCUCCUCCUGAGGAUCUGCACGUUAUGGAUGUUGAAAUUCGGUGGAGGCUUCCCGGCGACAUACGCGCGGUUCCUCGACUCCAGCCCAGUCGUACGGGAGUUUGCCUGGCUCGUCUGGGCCAUGUACAACGACGCUCACGGGCUCUGGGCCAGAGAUACAGCUCGUAACUGCGAGGGUCUGAUAGAGACUUUAAAGCCUCUCUUCAGGAUCUUGUCAUUCAAUCGGUGUCCAGUUCCAGUGUCACCAGGUGCAGUGCUCAAUAAUCUUGCGAGAUUACACCAAAUGGAGGACGAAAUGGAGGCCAGAGAACUCGUUUUUGAGCAGAAGGAGUAUAAUGUUGCUCUGGUGUAUGAUGCAUCAAUCUGCCCGUCAAUCCACGGGCUUUACGCACACUACACGGGCAGACACCACCCCGACGCUGGCACCAUCUUUCUUCGAACAACACCGCGACAGCUCUCCCUUGAAAACGACUACCACGACGUGUUCGCCAACGUCCCGAUCCCCGACGAGGUCAUAGCCGCGCACCACCGAAUCAAACUACGGUACCUCGACGAGCCAGAACCCGAAGCCCAACACACUCCUCCAAUUGACCACCCGGUCGUAAUUAAAGACGAUAUCCAAGCCGAAAUAGUCGUCGCACAAUCCAAGCGCAAGAAGCGUCAUCAACAGCAGUGCAUACAGAAGAACGAGACUCCUCGCGUGGCAGAUCCGGAACCUCCGCUCAAGAAACGACGAGGCCGUCCUCCUAAACACCGCCCGACACCUCCCACUUCCGAUCCCGUCCACGAUUGA